UUUUUUUAUAUAUUUCUGCAGAGGAUUCAACUUGUGAUCAGUAAGUAGCUUUAACUGUUUAAUGGAGAAUCACGGUCCACGCUAUCCAUAUCCUUAUGGUCAGUAUCCAUACCCUUACCCAUACCCAGCUCCUGCUCCUUAUAGACCUCCCAGCUCUGAGCCAUACCCACCACCACCCCCUACCAAUCAAUACAAUGCUCCUUAUUACCCUUACCCACCACCACCGCAAUAUGCAACACCUCCACCACCGUAUGCAUCACCACCGCCGCCUCAUCAGCACCCUUCAGGUUCCCAUUCUGGUCCAUUAGACUAUAGCCACAACCCACAACAAUCUUCUUCUCAUCCCGGUCCUCCUGAGUAUCACCGACACUCUUUCGACUACCAACAACAACCUUCUCCUUACCCUUAUCCUCGGCCGCAAGCUAACUUUAGCACAUAUGGUCACCCUCCUCACUAUUCGUAUCAAGAGCCACCCCAAUACCCUCCUCCACCUGAAACUAAACCCCAAGAGACUCCUCCUCCUCCUCCUCCUCAGCAAACUCAGGGCUAUCCAGAAUACCGUAGGCAAGACUGUCUCAGUUCUGUAGAUAAUGUAAGCAAUUCUGGAUCUGCUUAUCCUCCUGUGGAUGAACUUCUCAGUGGUAUGCACAUUUCUAAUAAUAACCAACCAGCGCCCUCUGUUCCACAAUUAUCCUCCCUCCCUUCAAACUCUUGGCAAAGUCGCCCUGGUGAUUUGUAUGGUUACCCUAACAGCUCGUUUCCAAAUAACUCUCAUUUGCCACACUUAGGGCGAGUAGAUUCGUCUAGCUCUUAUUCUCCUGUCUAUGGAUCAUCUGAAUCGCCUCAUAGUGGGGAUAUGCAGAUGACUCUGUUUGGUAAAGGAUCAUUGAAGGUUCUAUUGUUGCAUGGGAAUUUGGAUAUUUGGAUCUAUCAUGCAAAGAAUCUCCCAAACAUGGAUAUGUUCCAUAAGACACUGGGUGAUAUGUUUGGAAGAUUGCCAGGGAAAAUUGAAGGGCAGCUUAGCAGUAAGAUUACCAGUGAUCCUUAUGUUUCUGUAUCAGUUGCUGGUGCUGUGAUUGGUAGAACAUAUGUCAUGAGCAACAGCGAAAAUCCUGUUUGGAUGCAGCAUUUUUAUGUUCCUGUUGCUCAUCAUGCCGCAGAAGUUCAUUUUGUUGUUAAAGACAGUGAUGUUGUGGGUUCACAGCUUAUAGGGCUGGUUGCAAUCCCAGUGGAACAGAUUUACUCUGGUGCAAAAACUGAAGGAACUUAUCCGAUUCUAAACAGUAAUGGGAAGCCUUGUAAACCAGGGGCAAAUUUAUCAUUAUCGAUCCAGUAUACCCCUAUGGACAAACUCAGUGUUUAUCAUCAUGGAGUUGGGGCAGGUCCUGAUUACCAGGGGGUACCUGGAACAUACUUUCCGCUUAGAAAAGGCGGAACUGUGAGAUUGUAUCAAGAUGCACAUGUCCCAGAAGGGAUGCUCCCGGGUAUAAGACUGGACAAUGGGAUGUCUUACGAACAUGGGAAAUGUUGGCAUGAUAUGUUUGAUGCCAUACGCCAGGCGAGGCGAUUAAUUUAUAUCACAGGUUGGUCAGUGUGGCACAAAGUUAGGCUGGUUCGUGAUAAAGUAGGUCCGGCAUCAGAAUGUACACUUGGGGAGCUCCUAAGAUCAAAGUCCCAAGAAGGCGUGAGAGUCCUGCUUUUGAUUUGGGAUGACCCAACUUCACGUAGCAUCUUGGGUUAUAAAACAGUAACUAUAUNUCAUGAUGAGGAGACACGGCGUUUUUUCAAGCACUCCUCAGUUCAAGUCCUGCUCUGCCCCCGAAAUGCUGGAAAGCGACAUAGUUGGGUCAAGCAGAGGGAAGUUGGGACAAUCUAUACACAUCACCAAAAGAACGUAAUAGUUGAUGCCGAUGCUGGUGGCAACAGAAGGAAAAUUGUAGCUUUUGUUGGUGGUCUUGAUCUGUGUGAUGGCCGAUAUGACACUCCUCAACAUCCGUUGUUCAGGACACUACAGACAAUUCAUAAAGAUGAUUUUCACAACCCCACUUUUACGGGAAACCUUUCAGGAUGUCCAAGAGAGCCUUGGCAUGACUUACACAGUAAGAUCGAUGGUCCAGCUGCGUAUGAUGUGCUGACCAACUUCGAGGAGAGAUGGUUGAAAGCUGCGAAGCCUAGCGGGAUCAAGAAGUUUAAGACUUCCUAUGACGAUGCAUUAUUAAGGAUCGAUAGGAUUCCAGAUAUAUUAGGAGUUUCGGAUACUCCUACUGUUAGUGAGAACGAUCCUGAGGCUUGGCAUGUUCAGGUAAGAACAUCAAAACUGUCACUGUCUGGAAGAAGACUGGUGUGAUCAAUAUAUUAAAUG